AACCUACAUCUAGUUUACAGUGUGAACACGAUCUUAUAAGUCCGGGUACACACGCGGGUGCAUUGACACCUUUUUGAAAUGACAGCAUUGAUACGCAGUGGGCACGCGUGAACUGACUACUCGCGAUCUGAUUGGCUGUUGAAAAUUAAAAAGUUUAUCCCGAAAUUAUGCAGUGAGUAAAGUGGUAUGGUGUUAAAAGGAGGCUUAACUGAAUAGUGCUACUUACGAGGAGCAAAAAAAGAAAUGAUGACUUCGUUAAGUAGAAUGACGCCUUCAAAAUUGUGUGGCAACUUUGUUAUCGCUGUGUUGCUGUUGGGCAUAGCAGUAUCUGGUGAUGAUGAAGAAGAGCAUAAAGCCAUGGUGAUGAAGCGGCAGAUCAACAGCUUGCCUCUGGUUUAUCCUCAGGGAGGUACUUAUAAGCUGAUCAUCGGCCUCUCAGCACCAAUCAAAGCAGAGGACUACAUAAGCCUGGCCUUCGCAGCCAACUUCCAGUACCAAUACGUGCAAUUCACCAACAUUACCCAGCUAUCCCAGUAUUACUUCAUCAAGACGGUGUCUAGAGAGCAGAGGGAGGCAGAAAUAGCAGCCAGGAGAGAUGAACGGCUGACGUUUUAUACGGCUGUCGCUGAUAUGAUGAAGGCAAAAGGCAUGAAUGGUGACGAGUGCGUGUUUCGAGCAAUUUGUGAAGCUGCACAGUACCCAGUGGAAGAAGAGGGAUUGGUGGGAGAAUUACUUCAUAUUUUGCUGACGCCAGACUACGGCAAGACCCCUUUUGAUGAGAAAGACGAUGAUUUACUAUACCUGAUGGGUUCCUACUAUGAUGCGGCCACGGCUGGGAGGCAGAUGUUCAACUGUGCUUCUAUCUACUCCGGCUGCCCUGAGGGUCAGGGCCUCAUGGAGAUGUUCAGCAUAUUGAGAGACGAAUGAUAAAGAAAACGGUGCUUCUAACAAAUGGUUAUAAAGAAAAAGACAAAGUUGUGCAACAAAGACAUAGUAUAUUGUAUUGUGACCUACUUAUUUAUCGGAAUAACCAAAAGAAAUUAAAGUAUAUAAUCAAAUUAUUUAGGUGCAUAAGUAUGUCAUUCUCUACAUGACAUCAGUACCCAGUAAAUAUGUUGAAUAGACAUAAUUACUCUUAGAGCAAAGAAUGUCAUAACACAAAGUGGAUAAGAAACAUGGUCCCCAUUUUUCAUCAGUAUACUCCCUUCAAAAUUGUUACAAUUCAUCCACCACGUACCCAACAAAUGCACAAAGCUCAACCUCUAAAACAGGGCUCAAAGCCCCAAUCUUUAAACUAGCCAUUUACUAUCUCGAAACCGCGGUCCAAAAGACUGAAAAUGUGGCUCAAAAGAAAUGUCGGGACGAGUAAUCCCGUGCAGUCCUGGUUAUAAAGUGUCUUGAGCAAAGCCCGGCUGUUUGCCCGGACCGCUCCUUGCGACAAAUUAAGUAAAUCUCAUAUAUGCUACUGGUCACGUAAAGACGAUCUUUUCCUUACAAUAUUUACAUUGACUUAGUGGCUUGUCAACUAUUGGUUCUCGAUUGUGAUGGUUUGAGUUCUGUUUGGGUUAUGUUGUCGCAUUUAGGAUCAUUAAUUCGGUUUUGGGUUUUUGAUACUUUGGUCUAUUUGAAAGACUUUUGUGUAAGUCAUUUAGUUUUAGUUUUUCUAAUAGUAACUUGUAAUGCUCAAUAGUUUGUUGGUACUAUAGCGACAACAUAAAUAAGCAGAAACAGGAUUGUCUUAACUUUAAAGAACACAAUAACAAAGGUAUAUAACUCACAAUAUUUGCAUUUUUUUCUUAUUUUUGUUGUUUCAUU